GAUAAGUUAGCAGUGUGAACGCAUCGCAAAGCUCGGUACCAAUGCUGCUUUAAGCAACCUUCACUUUUUAACAUAUAAAAGUGUAUUUAUUCAAAGUAUAUUUUGUUUGCAGGUUUAGCAUUGGCUGGACUGAUCAGAAACCUCUGGAUUUCUUAACGUCAGGAAACCAUACAGAACCUGAAUUUUCUAUCACUUCACGUUAGAGCAUUUGGUCUGUACAACAGCAUUUCUUUCAAUCUCUCUCUCUCUCUCUCUCUCUCUCUCUCUCUCUCUCUCUCUCUCUCUCUCUCUCUCUCUCUCUCUCUCACUCACACACACACACACACACACACACACACACACACACUCGUCAAGAAGCAAGAAUACCAACUGGACCAAUAGCAGUCGCAUAUUUCCCAGUCUGCACAAUGAAACUUCUACUAGCCUUUAUGGUAGUGUUUCUUGUUUUAGCAGAACUCUUCUGCGAAGAAGCGGGUGCCGGCGAAGAUCUAAAUUAUUGGACGGACAGCAACCAAAUACAGGAUGAAUGGCUGGCACCGGAUUCAUUUAAAGAAAUCUUAAGACGAAUCACAAGAAAACCAAAACCCCAUCAGUUCUUUGGUUUGAUGGGGAAACGAUCUUCUGCGAACAGACAGAUCACCGGCAAAAGGCAAAAAUUGAACUCCUUCGUUGGACUGAUGGGCAAAAGAUCUGAAGAGCCUGAUUAUUUUGAAUGGAGCACAAUACAAAACUAUGAAGAAAGACGUUAGUGGAGCCCUGAAAAAAGAAAAAAGAAGAAAAAGGCACUUUUCUGAAUGUCAUUCCUUGAAAUUGCCUGAGGACCGUGAUAUAUACUUUCAUUUUAUUAAAGUUUGUUUUAUUUUAUUUUUUUAAUGAUUGUUUAAAGUUGUACCUCUAAUAAAGCUAUUAUUUUCACAUUGUGGCAGCACUACCCACUGUAUUCCAGUUUUACGUUCAGCUGAAACAAUGGAGGGAAAUAUGAAUUUCAACAACAGUCUAUGUCAUUUAAUAUUCUGUAUUCAAAUGAACCACAUCCAGUAUUUGCCGACUAAAACUGAAGGUUUUUGGUUAUUGAUUAUCAGUCAUGCCUUUUUCCUGGGAAUUAUGAAUAGCAAAAUUGUCGAACUUAGUGCCUCACUUUAUUUCCAUAACUUGUAAUGUGGUUUGUGCAUUCAAAUAUAUUUGUACUAUUACAGCA